GGUCUCUCCUCCUGUUCUUUUCAACCCUCCAUCCAAAAAGCGCCAGAAACUUCUCAGUGGCAUCGCAUUCGGCUUCAGCCAUGGCGGCCUAGCCUAAUUAAUAAUUCAAAACCCUAAACCCCAACCACCAAUUUUCUUUUCUCUUCUCCACUUUCCCGAGAAAAUUCAAAUGGCCUCGGGACUCGCCUUGCGAUUCAGAUCCCAUCUCCUCCGCACCGCCUCCCUCCUCCCAUCCUCCCUUCUCCACCACCCUCCCAUCCAACCCUCGCCGCCGCACCUCUCCCUCCACCGCCUCCUCUCCACGGCGCGCCGCUCCCCGCCGCGCUCGAAGAAAUCCGUCGACAUCAGCGCACGCGCGCGCCAGCUCCAGACGCGGCGCCUCUGGACCUACGCGCUCACCUUCGGUGGCCUCGCCGGCUUCGUCGUGAUCGUUCUCAACAACUUCCAAGACCAGCUCGUCUUCUACGUCACCCCAACCGAAGCCCUCGAAAAAUACGCGAACAAUCCAACAAAAGCGCGGUUCCGGCUGGGCGGUCUUGUCCUGGAAGGCAGCGUGGUGUACCCGGCGUCGUCGCCGGAGGUGGAGUUCGUCGUCACCGAUCUCAUCUCCGACAUCGUGGUACGGUACGAGGGAUCGUUGCCGGAUUUGUUCAGGGAAGGGCACUCCGUUGUUGUGGAAGGGCUCGUGAAACCGUUCACGGACGAGAUCAGGAAGGAGGUGUCGGCGAAGAACGUUUCCGAGAAGGCGAGGAAGAUAGAGUGCUAUUUUUCGGCCACGGAGGUUCUCGCCAAGCAUGAUGAGAAGUAUAUGCCGAAGGAAGUUGCUGCUGCUAUUGAGAAGAAUAAGAAGAUUAUUGAGGAUGCUGCCACUGCCACCGCCACCGCCACCGCCACCGCCACCGUGGCCAUGGAGGGACCAAAGACACCAUAGAUCGAUGGUCGCGGACGUGGUAUUAAUCAAUUUUUGAAAUUACUUACAGAUUACAGUGUUAUGAUUUUUUGAGGGAUGUUGAUUAUUUAACUAUAUAGGAUGAGAUUUUUUUAAAGUAAUAAUUAGGAUGAGCACGGGUAAAGCUGAGGGUUAUAAUGGAGAGACAAAUUUUGAUUAUUUUUUUAAACAGAGGCAAUUGUUUCUUGUUGUUUUAAUACAUUAUUGUGCGAUGUGUUUCUAAAUAAAUGUUUAACUGAAUGAUAAUGUAGCUCUUUUAUACUUUGCUCUGAAAACAAUUUGGGUAACAUGUUAGCUCUGGAAUGGGGUUUAACGUUGUACCCUUUGACUUGCCAUGGUUUAGUGCUGGUAAUGGAUUUGUGGUUUCAUGUCU